AUGCGGCUAAAAUUGGAUGUAGAAGGUAAUGUCGAUGUUAACGAAACUGCAUUGAUAAUAUCUGAAGAAUUGAGGGGAAAGAAGUGUUUGAUUCUUUUGGAUGAAGUAACGGACAAGAUUGAUCUAAAUAGAAUAAUGGGAAUCGACGAGAACCCAAAUAGCAAGGUAGUGUUGGCGAGUAGAUAUGAUGACUUUUGUAAAUGUGUCAUGAAGGCUGAUGAGCUAGUUAAUGUGAAGCCAUUGUUACCUACUGAAGCUUGGAAUAUGUUCCAGAAAAUAGUAGGCCCUUCCAUUUCUAACCCCUUAAUUGAACCACUGGCGAGGGGUGUGGUUAAAGAGUGUUAUGGGUUGCCACUGCUGAUAGACAGAGUAGCAAUAACCUUCAAAAUGAAGGGGGAACAUGAUGUGGGUUGGGAUGAUGGAUUGGAACAGUUGAAAAGAUGGGAAAGUGUCAAACUCGUUGGCAUGGAUGAAGUGCUGGAACGCUUAUAG